GUUUUUUAUUUAUAGCGAUUGAUCGCAUUUUUUCUGUUUUUGAGAGUGUGAACAUUUAUUAUUUGGAUUUAAAAUAUAUUUUCACCAAAAGAAAAAAACAUAUAUAAAAGUUAUGAAUCAUGUCCGAAGAAGUAGUUAAAAAGGGUCCGAUAAUAGCUGCUCGUGAAACAGGUCCUGGUCCAGGAAGAUAUGCUUUGCCAUCCACAUGUGGAUACCACAAUCAUGAUUUUACUAAAAAAAUUAGCCCCGCUUACUCCUUCGGACACCGCUUAGGAGAUCUGUUUAAAACAGAUAGCAGCCCUGGUCCUGGUUAUAUGGUUAACUCGGCAAUUACUAGAUUUGGAAAAGACGGAACUCCAAAAUAUUCUAUUUUAGGCCGAGCUAAAGAUCCAAAAACAUUCGAAACUCCAUCACCAGGCGCGUACUCACCAGAAAAUGUCCAUCCCCCAGGUGAAAGACAUGCUCCUGCAUAUUCCAUGGCUGCAAGAACAAGAUACAGAAAACGCGACACAACACCGGCUCCAAACUCAUAUACGCUGCCAACACUUCUAGGUUCUAAGAUUCCAGAUAAAGCUGCAUCGGCUGCAUUUUCGAUGAUUGGUAGAUCAAAAACUGGUGGUUUUGAUGAAGAUUUAUCUAAAACACCGGGUCCUGGACACUAUAAUACCUUAGAUCCCAGUAAAAUAAAAAAAAAAGCUCCUGCUUAUUCAAUGUUAGGAAGAAGUUACAUGCCUGGGGAUUCAACUCAAAAACCUGGUCCUGGUGCACAUUGCCCUGAAAAAGUUACUGCAAAUAAACGCAAAGCUCCUUCUUUUUCACUUGGAAUACGUCAUUCAGAAUAUAUUACUCCACUUAUCAUUGAUGUUAGCAAUUAAUCGCCUCAGAUUAAAAGUUUUUUAUUAAAAAAUAUAUAUAUUUUUUAAAAAUCAAACAGUUUUUUGUA